GUGUAAUCCAACCGAACAGUCUUCGCGGCCCCGUUGGGGAAGGCUGAGCACACGCGGCUCUUCUCAUCACUUCAACACUUACCAUGGUCAGCCAACACAUUGCACAAUGCAGAGACUGAAAACGGUCAUCAACACUUGCUUUCCCUUUCCAUUCACGAAUGGCGGAGGGUAGUUAUAAAAUGUGUCGAAAACAGGCUCGUAUUCUAUCGUCAACCGUUCGUACAUCAUGUCCUCCCUACCUUUAAGAGCACGAUGUAUCCAGGUCCAUGAUGGUACUGCCUGUUGGUGUCCUUGGUUCAUCUCUCCUGCGUCUCCCCUGCUAGAUCAGACUAGCUGCGCCGCGUGUGGACAUGGCAUUCACGGGCACGUCGACUAUGUCUCGAUGUUUGUCCAUUGCUGUGCUGCAACUCAGUGUGCCGCGUAUGCCCAGAAGACGCCCCAAACACAGGCAUGCACGUGUUCGGCUCAACUUGCUGAUCAUGGCCUAGCCGUGAAUCUGCAUCGUCCUGCCGACCCAUCCGACAUCGCGGGAUUGUUCGUCGACGACAUCCUGGUGAAUGGCCUCCCCUCCAAUGACGACGCGUCCUACUCUUCCGGCUACACGACAAACAGUACCGUCAUUCUGACACCCUUUGACACACCCACACCCUCCACAGUCUACUCGUCCGCUCGGCAGGAUGCCAUCCAACCCAAACCUUACGGCUUCGAUGCCCUUUCUCAGAUGGAAGACAUUCUCAUUCAGGUGCAGGAUCAGGCUUGAUUGACGCUUCUGGCCAGAAGGUGGCUCCCGUGCGCUUUUCAGCACUCUGCGCCCCUGGCGUUACUGUGUAGUACAUUGUUCCAACUUGAUUUUUUAUCGCAACCAGA